AUGUUUUCCUCUCUUUGCACAACGACAAUACUACUAUCAUGUUUCAUAUGCGCCACAACCGCGCAGUCGAAUGCCGCUGUGAAUUCAGGCACUGCGAAAUCAACCACUCCACCACCUCAGGAUAACAAAGACGCCCUAGGAUCAUGGAGUCCGGUCAUAGAUUUCCCCAUCAUCCCCGUAGCCGCAUACAUCGUCUCCGAGUACCCGUCACCCACACGAAUGCUCGUCUUCUCCGCAUUCUCUCCCAACUCCUUCGGUGGCCAACGAGGCAUCACGCAAUUCGCAGAGUACAACCUAAUCAACGGCACCGUCUCUAAACGUGAAGUAUCGGAAACAAAGCACGACAUGUUCUGCCCCGGCAUGAGCUCCCUCGGCGACGGCAGCCUCAUCGUGAGCGGCGGCGCCAACGCCGAAAAAACCAGCAUCUACAAGCCCUUCAGCAACGAAUUCGUCGCCGGCCCAGACAUGAAAAUCGCGCGCGGCUACCACGCCAGCACCAUCCUGUCCACCGGCAACGUCUUCGCAAUCGGCGGCUCCUGGAGCGGCCCCGUCGGCGGCAAAGCCGGCGAACUCUACGACGCCAAAGCAAACUCUUGGAGACUCCUCCCAGGCGCAGCCGUCAAACCAAUGCUGACUACCGACCACGAAGGCGUCUACCGCGAAGACAACCACGCCUGGCUCUUCGCCUGGCGCAACGGCUCCGUCUUCCAGGCCGGCCCCAGCAAAGCAAUGAACUGGUACUAUACCGACGGAAAGGGGGACGUCAAGCCCGCCGGGAUACGAAAUUCCGCCAACGACGAAAUGUGCGGCGUCAACGUCAUGUACGACGUCGGCAAGAUCUUCACGGCUGGAGGAGCGCAGUACUACUACCAAGCGCCCGCUCUGCGCGUCGCGCACAUGAUAGAAAUCGACAAGGUCGGGGCCCCCGCAAAGGUACAGCGACUGCCGGAUAUGCGGCACGCGCGGGUCUUUGCGAACGUGGUUGUGCUGCCUGAUGGCAAGAUAAUGGUGACAGGAGGUCAAGGGGUAGCCGAAGGCUUCACAGACUUGCAGCCCGUUUUCCAUCCCGAAUUGUUCGAUCCGGCAACACGAACCUUCACCGAGUUGGCGCCUGAAGCCGUGCCGAGAAACUAUCAUUCUGUUGCAAUUUUGUUGCCGGAUGGAACGGUUUUUACCGGCGGUGGUGGGCUCUGCUGGGACGAUGGCUCGGGGAGGGUGUCGGCACCGUGUCGUAAUACGGUUGACCAUCCUAACGGCCAGAUCUUUACGCCGCCGUACCUUACUACUGGUGCGCCGAGACCGGUUAUCGAGAGUGUUGCUUCGGCGAAGGUCGCGCCGGGUGGGCGGCUGGAAGUCACGAUGAAGGGAAGUGCCAAGGGGGUUUCCUUUUCUCUGAUUCGCAUCGGAAGCGUCACGCAUAGUAUCAAUACCGAUCAGAGGCGUGUGCCGCUCGAGCCAAAGGUCGAUGGUAAUAAGGUUACAUUGCCUAUCUUGAAUGAUCAGGGCGUUAUGCUACCAGGCAUGUGGUAUCUUUUUGCUGUUAGUGAAAAGGGCGUGCCGAGUAUUGCAAAGACGAUUCAUAUGCAACAGAUUUGA